AUGGGCAUCCUUGUUACACGAGCCAUUCAUCGCAAACAAGUUAACAAUUCGAUCAAUUUCAGGGCUGUGUUUAAGUUCGAAGGACCACGAAUCGUGACAUCGGCCAAAGGCGAAGAUUUCAACCAGUUCAAGAAGCAAUUUGGAGACGAUGAACGCGCAUUUGGAUACAUCCGCGUUCAAACAGGCGAUGAAAUGUCCAGAAGAGCGAAAUUCUUGUUGGUUACCUGGGUGGGACCUUCGGUCAGUGUGUUGAAAAGGGCGAAAAUGUCCACGGACAAAGCGCUCAUCAAGGAUGUUGUAUCGAAUUUCGCUGUUGAACUCCAAACCGAAAACAUAGGGGACAUCGAGUUGAGAAACUUCGAAACUGAACUGGACAAAGCCGCAGGAGCGCAUUACGGAACUGGUGUCAGAAGUUAGGGUAACCUUCAAUUCCGCAACUCCUUCCAAUGGCAUUUUCUCAAUAUAUAAAAGUGUUAGUUUAAUGUAUUUUUCAUAAAGGGACCAAUAAGCCAAACAUCAUGGAAUUUACUGCCACUGGAACCCAUUUAGACCGUAAUUACUAUACUACCCUGUAUAUUUUCUAGCCUUGUAAAUAUUUAUAUUAUUAUUAAUUGUUUCAACUGUUUGACGAUAUGUGAUGCUUAUUUUGUAGUGUGUAGGUUAUUGUAAGUUGCGUUAUUAUUAUUGUGCAUUUUGAGAAUCAAAAAUUCAAAAUAAAAAAAUCAGCAUUUUCCCUUGUAUACAUACAGUGUUGCUUCAACAAAUAUCAAUUAAAUUUAUCAGUUUUA